AUGGCAGUGUCAUGCAAAAAAAAUUACAUUAAUUUUACUGUUAAACCGUGUAGUUCGGCAUCUACAGAUAUAGAAUUGGAUGCGAAAGCUCAACAACUUCACAGAAUCGAUAGUUUAAAUUUAUUAUUAUACACUUUUUUACUCACACUAACAGUUUUGACUAUUUGGCUUUUCAAGCACAGACGUCUAAGGUUUUUGCACGAAACUGGCUUGGCUGUGAUUUACGGGUUAAUUGUGGGAGCGUUAAUUAGAUAUACCGGAUCAUCUAAUUCUGUGACCCAUGUUUCUGUACAUCCUCAAAAUAAUACCAAAUAUAAUUUAACUGUGCCACCUGAUACAUUAUGGUUUAAAUUUCCACAUAAACACGUUAACAGUAAUUCAAUAAUCAAUAGUAAAACUUAUUCUUAUACGUUCAGAGGAGAAAUAGUCGAUGUUGAAAACAGCGAAAUUGAUUUGAAAGCGACUUUUGAUCCAGAAAUUUUUUUCAACAUUAUUCUUCCCCCCAUAAUAUUUCAUGCCGGAUACAGUUUGAAAAGAAGAUAUUUUUUCAGAAAUUUAGGGGCUAUUUUAACCUAUGCAAUCAUCGGUACUACAAUAUCAUCGUUUGUUGUCGGAUCUCUCAUGUAUGGUUUGAUUCAAAUCAUGCCACAUUUAAAAACCAGUUUUACUUUUUUAGACACUUUAUAUUUUGGUGCUUUGAUAUCGAGUACAGAUCCUCUGACAAUUCUUGCUAUAUUUAACGAUUUGCACGUCGAUGUCAAUUUAUAUGCUCUCGUUUUUGGAGAAAGUGUUCUAAAUGAUGCUGUUUCGAUUGUUCUGAGCGGAUCAAUUCAAAAUUAUGGAAAAAAAUACCAAAGCAACGAUAGUCAAUUUGAAACUUAUGCAUUUUUUCGAGCAUUCGGUGAUUUCAUUGAAAUAUUUUCUUUUUCACUUAUCAUUGGAGCUGUGAUGGGUUGUAUAACCGCUUUGAUAUCCUUUUAUUAUCAUUCCAAUUUUCCAUUGCUGGAAUCUGCUUUGUUUGUUUUGAUGUCCUACAGUUCGUUUCUCAUUGCCGAAGUUAGCGAUUUAACUGGUGUGGUAGCAGUAUUAUUUUGCGGGAUAUGUCAAGCCCAUUACACGUAUAACAAUUUAUCGGAUAAUUCGAGAACGAGAACGAAACAUUUAUUUCAAUUAUUGAAUUUUCUCGCGGAAAAUUUCAUUUUUUGCUACAUCGGAGUUUCCAUGUUUACGUUUCCGAAACAUCAUUUCGAUCCGUUUUUCAUCUUUUCCGGAUUCAUAUGUGCUGCCAUCGGUAGAGCUGCUAAUAUUUAUCCGUUAUCGUUGGUAUUGAAUUUGGGUAGAAAACCGAAAAUUUCUACAAAUUUUCAACACAUGUUAUUUUUCGCUGGAUUACGUGGUGCAAUGUCCUUUGCAUUAGCUAUUAGAAACACAUUAAGCGAAGCUAGACAAGCCAUGCUGACAACGACUAGUUUAAUCGUUAUAGCAACCGUUAUUAUUCAGGGAGGUGCUACUAUGCAGUUAUUAACGUGGUUUAAUAUACCGGUCGGCGUGGAAGAAGAAGUUGAAGUUUUCCCAUAUGCCAACGUUCGGAACGUCUACAACUCGACUGGAAUACAUAACGGGGAAGCCGAAGAAUCAUCUAGUCAUAAUUUAAAUCCCAAACAAAUGAGCGAAAAAGCAUUUUUAGCAAGGAUAUGGGGGGAUUUCGACACGAAAUACAUGAAACCCUUUUUAACGGAUUCGAGGCCGACCCUAUUGGAAACUCUACCGGUUUGUUGCAAUCCGUUGGCCAGAUUGCUCACAACGACCGCUCAAUUAACCCAGGAGGGUAGGAGUCGAUCUCGACACGAUAGCGAUUCCGAUAUUUGUUUAGAAGAAAAUGCAGUCGUUCGACGUGAUUUAGGCUUGGGACCUGGAAUUGUGGACACGAUUAUUAGACUACAAGAUAAUUUAGAUGGAAACAAUAUAUAA